AUGUUGAAGAAUCCAGGUGCAGUCCUCGUUUUCAAGCCGAACACGAAGAGGGAGGAGGGUCACAAGACCCAACUGUCCAACAUACAGGCCAGUCGUGCAGUGAGCGAAAUCGUGAAGACGACACUAGGCCCUAUGGCAAUGUUGAAGAUGAUGUUGGACCCGCUAGGAGGUAUAGUGAUAACAAACGACGGGAAUUCCAUUCUUCGAGAAAUUGAUGUGGCGCACCCUGCGGCAAAGUCGCUCAUCGAGUUGAGCAGAUCACAAGAUGAAGAAGUAGGAGAUGGAACAACAUCAGUCGUAAUCCUGUCCGGAGAGUUACUGAGCAUAGCAGAGUUAUUUCUUAAACAGAAGAUACACCCAACGAUAAUUGUGAACUGUUACAUGGAUUCACUGAGUAAGGUAGUGAAGUUUUUAGAAUCCAUAGCUGUACAGGUAGAUGUGAACGAUGAAAAAAGCUUACUAAAAGCUAUCGAUUCAUGCCUGAGUACCAAGUUUGUGAACAGGUACAACAAGAUGGUGAGUAAGUUAGCUCUACAAGCAGUACAGUGUGUAAAGAUAGAAUCUAAUGUCAUGGGAAAGAAAGAAAUUGAUAUAAAGAGGUAUGCGAAGGUGGAGAAAAUCCCAGGGGGAGAUAUCACAGAUAGCUAUGUAUUGAAGGGAGUUAUGUUAAACAAGGAUAUCGUUCAUCCAAAAAUGAGGAGAAGAAUUAAGAACCCACGAAUCCUUCUUCUGGAUUGUACCUUAGAAUAUAAAAAGGCAGAAAGUCAAACGAAUGUAGAGAUUCUUGAUGAACAGACAUGGAAUCAGUUACUUCUACAGGAAGAAAUCGAAGUAAAAAAGUUGUGUGAACAUAUUAUAGAUAGUAGAUGUGAUAUCGUCGUUACAGAAAAAGGAGUUUCCGAUUUGGCACAGCAUUUUCUCGUUAAAAAAAAUAUAAGUGUUAUUAGGAGAGUGAGGAAAACCGAUUUAAAUAGACUUGAAAGAAUCAGUGGUGCUACCAUUGUUAAUAGAUGUGAUGAAAUAGUGGAGAGUGAUAUUGGAACAAAGUGUGGGCUCUUCGAAGUAAAGAAAAUUGGAGAUGAUUAUUACUCUCAUUUUAUUGAAUGUGAGAACCCAAGAGCAUGCACAAUUUUAUUGAGAGGAUCAACGAAGGAUGUACUGAACGAAGUGGAAAGAAAUCUUCACGACGGAAUGAACGUUGCAAAAAAUAUUAUUUUAGAAGGAAAAUUACUCUAUGGAGGUGGCUGCACUGAGAUGAGGGUAGGACAACAUCUGAUCAGUCAAGCUAGCCAAUAUGAUGAUUCUAGAAAAAGCAUAAUGGAAGCUGUGGGUUCUGCUCUAGAAAUCAUUCCAAAAAUUUUGGCCCAGAAUAGCGGAGCCAAUGUUGUGAAAACCAUCAACGAACUCAGGAUAAAGCACGAGACACCUGGUGGAGAGAAGUUUGGGGUCGAUGGUAUAACUGGGGAGAUCAUCGAUGUGUCCACGAAGAAUAUUUGGGAUCUGCUUGCCGUUAAAAAGCAGAUAUACAAGAGCGCCAUCGAGGCCGCAGCAAUGAUUCUGCGUAUUGACGAUGUGGUCAGUGGGAUAGGCAAGGAAGACAAACUACAGAAGCCCGUGCAGAACCAGUUCGACUAG